AUGCCCACUCUCACGCGCAAUGCGAUCGCGGUGGCCGUUGCCUUUGUGCUCGUCGCCACCUACGGCGCGUGCGUCACAGCGCUCGUUGCAUCCAAGUACGGCCCGCUCCUCGAGAUGCCCAAAGCGAGUGUGGCCAGCAUCGCCGCCAUCGUCGUUGCGGUCCUCGGCCUCGCACGCCUCGCAUGGGCGCCAUCGUACAAGGUCAACCUCGCUCUUCUCGUCUUGGCGAGCGGCUGCUGCGGCGUGCUGCUGGGGUUUGCGAUUCGCGGCGCCUUGACAACGUCCGAAGCGAUUGCGGUGGCACCGACGCUGCCGGCAUACCAGCAGCGCAUGACGAGCAUCUUUGCCUCGGACGAAGCGCGCCAGUUCAACUACAGCGAUAGCCUUGGCAUCAACAGCCGUCUGCCCUCGCCGACCCUCAGCACCAACGGCGCCUACUACCCGUUCGACGCUGCGAGUGUCUUUGCCGAGGCGUACUGCAUCGGCCAAGGCGACCACUUUUGCAGUGCCCUCCCGCUCACGCAAACGAUCGUGUACCCGGGUCUGUGGCUCAACCCGAAUGUGACGGCGGACGUAGCGCGCAACCUCUCGGUGCUGCCGACAACCUUCGCCAACGUCACCGUGACAGACACGACAACGAUCGCGAGCUUCUGCGCCGCCGCCACGAUCGCGGAGAAUGACCACAUGACACCGUUCGAGACAAGUGUGCGCCAACUGUGCAGCAGCUGCGCCACGCUUGCCAAGCUGGCGGCCAUGGCCACCACGCACGACGCGCUCAAGACCUGGAUCGACGACACGUGCCCGAUGACGUCGGCCAAGCCGUCCGGCGUCUACUGCAUCGCGACGGCCAAGUGUCUGCAGCGCGACAUCGAGUACCCAGGCCGCGGCUACGACUACUUUUGCUAUGCAAACUGGCCGUAUACGUACAUGAACCCGUCGUUCGAUGUAUGCUUUGGCUCGACGCUCAUGUCGACCGUGCGCCAGUACGACGUGGCGAUCGCGGUCGUCUCGAGCUUGCUCUUGCUAGUUAGCCUCGUGCUCGCUGCAUAUGUGUGGCGCACACGCCGCGGCCAAGACCACGCCGACACGGCCGUGCAGACACCGAAAGACACCGUCUAGCUCUCUUCGUUCUAGUACAUAAUACACUAGUCGUUAGUACACGAGAUGGUUUUUGG